GUAGUUGAAAAAAAAUAGGAAUGGUUUGACGUGGAGUAUUUCCGCAAAAAACUGGAUGGCGAAACAGCAUGUAGCUAACGUUAUCCUGCUUGCUGUAAUCUUAGUUUGCGAGCUAGAUAGAGAAGUAUUAGAAUCGGGUCUCUGCCUACUGGAUCGGUGCUGAAGGAUUGACACCAGUCCUUCAUAAACUGAUCCCAUAUUUGUUGGCCUCGUAACAGAUCAUCAUCAUGAUUAAAGCCAUACUAAUAUUCAACAACCAUGGGAAACCUCGCCUAUCAAAAUUCUACGAGCAUUACAGUGAAGAUACAGAACAACAGAUCAUCAGAGAAACAUUUCAUCUGGUAUCCAAAAGAGAUGAGAACGUCUGCAAUUUUCUAGAAGGUGGAAUGUUGAUUGGUGGUUCUGAGAACAAGCUUAUCUAUAGACACUAUGCCACACUCUACUUUGUCUUCUGUGUCGAUUCCUCUGAGAGCGAGCUUGGCAUCCUGGACCUUAUUCAGGUGUUCGUGGAAACGCUGGACAAGUGCUUCGAGAACGUCUGCGAGCUCGACUUGAUUUUCCAUGUGGACAAGGUCCACAACAUCCUGGCCGAGAUGGUGAUGGGAGGUAUGGUGCUGGAGACCAACAUGAACGAGAUCAUCACACAGGUGGACGCCCAGAACAAAAUGGAGAAGUCGGAGGCUGGUAUUGCAGGUGCCCCUGCUCGUGCCGUGUCUGCCGUGAAGAACAUGAACCUUCCCGAAAUGCCCAGAAACAUCAACAUUGGAGACAUCAGCAUAAAAGUGCCAAACCUACCUUCAUUCAAAUAGCCGGCAAUAGCCACUGGGCAGAUGUCAGCCAGUGUUUACGAUGCGGUUUGUUUAUCGAAAUCAAACUUUUCUCAAAGAUCAUGAAGGUACUGUGUGAAUUCCUUUGGCGUCAGCUGUUUGUUUUAAUUUUGAUGAAUGUCCUUGAUGUGGCUUUUUUUUUUGUUUGAGAACAUGGAGUAUUUAUUACAUUCCUCUAUGCUAAUUGGAGGUGUGCCCUUAUGACGUGGCUGCUACAGUAUUGGAAAGUCAUUCCUUAUUAGUGCUUUGUAAAAUAAAAGAACUGAACAGAAUAUUCUUAUAAGUACAUAUCUUGAUAUAUGCUGAAAUUGUAUUUCUUAUCUGUACACAAAAUAUUUUAAAACAAAGAUUUUGUCUUAUCAAAUUUUUUUUCUUUAGAUUUUAUUCAGUAUGAUUUUUUUUCUUUCUCCUUUUUUGCAACUCAAUAAAGUAUUGAAUAUGUUGGC